AUGAAACUCACUAAACUUUUUGGACUAAGCAUUGCAUCGCUGGCAAUGAAUGCAGAGUUCGCUCAAGCAAAAUGGCCCGAUCAAUCUUUGUAUCGAGUUGCUGAUUUUGUGACAAAUACGCCAAAGACAGCCAGUUGGAAUGCGACCACUGAAUGCCAAGAUGAGACUCUAUCGAUGUUUAAUUCUGCCCUCUCUUUCAAAGUCAACAUGGAUUUGUUAGAGCACUAUGUACUGGAGUUCUUUUCUGUCUUUCGCACCUUGCUCAAGGGCAAGAAUGAAUUUUGUGCACUAGACUUGAUGGAUAUCGCCACUGAACAAUUACAUUGGAUCCCGCCUGCUGGACUCGAUCUAUCAAAAAUUUCUAUGACAACCCAAUUUUCGAAGAUGAAAACCAUAUAUUACAGUGCUCCAGUAUUGCGUCACAGUCACAGAUGGUUUGCGCAUGUUGUUGAGUUUUCAUCUCAAAAUUCUCAUUGGAAAACAGCAUGGGCUGAGGCUAAACAAAAAUGGAUCCUCUUGCAAUCCUCAAAUCCAACUGUUCGUGGCCUAGCUCAGGAAAUGGGAAGGCUGCUUCAGGACUCUGACACUUUGAAAGUCAUGGCUAAUUUGAAGAAUGACUGGACCAGGGCUCCCCCAACUUGCCAGAAACCGCAAGAGGUUCACAUUACAAAAAAACCGGCUCCGGUUUUUGCUGCCGCUGCCGCUGCUGCUCCUCUCAACUAUACACCCUCUCGUGCUAUCGAAAUUAUUGGACCCACGCCCGGUAAUCUCCCUCAAAGACAAGUGCAAAAUGUCACUGCCGUCAAUGUGACGCAGGCCAAUAAUUCGAAUCAGAAUGCCACCGUUAUCGCCAAGGGAGACGAGUCCGUCGGCUCAACGUCCAGUCGCUUUUCAUCUUGGUCAGUUUUUGGGGCCGUGAUUGUUGUUCUGAGUGGGACAGUUCUAUUCUAA